ACCACCAAACGGCCAAACCUUGUUCUUGCGCGCGGCUAUUUCCAAGUGCUCAACAAACAAACAAACAAACACCAAACUCUCUCUGUCUCUCAACACACACCUACACAUACACAAACACAAGCACAACACACGGAGGAAUGUUCAACUAUCGAUCGCUGCUUAGGGCUUUGCAUCUCUGACUCCAAUUGGAACUCUCACAAUCGAUCAACUUCUUCGCCAUGUGGCGCACUCUCUGGCGGUCCAUCGAUCGCUUUUCUCUCCAGUACUUUAAAUAUAUAAUUAAUGAAUUGAGGGUGAUCAAAGUUGUUGACAAGCUUAACAGGGAAUUAGUAGUUGAUUUACUGCAGUCUAUUGUGGAGAUAGUUACUUACGGUGACAGACAUGAUCCAUCUAUUUUUGAAUGUUUCAUGGAAUAUCAAGUUUUGGCAGAGUUUGUCCGAGUGCUAAAGAUAAGUAGGAAUUCAAUAAUUGAGGCACCAUUGCUUCAAUAUCUGAGCAUAAUGAUUCAAAACAUGGAUAGUGAAUAUGCAAUAUACUAUUGUUUAAGCAAUGACUAUAUUAACAGCAUAAUCACACAUCAGUACGAAUUCGAUGGGGGAGACCUAGCUCCUUAUUAUGUAUCUUUUUUAAGAGCAGUGAGCGGCAAAAUAAAUAGAGACACUCUUUGUCUUCUUGUGAAGGUUCAUGAGGAUGUUGUGGUCUCAUUUCCACUGUAUACCGAGGCUCUUAAAUUUGCUCACCAUGGAGAAAAGAUGAUUCAGACAGCUAUACGCGCAUUGACUCUUAACAUAUAUAAUGUUAGCGAUGACAUGGUUCAUCAGUUUGUAACAUCUUCUCCAGCGUCAGCAUAUUUCUCAGACUUGGUUCUGAGCUUAAGAAAGCAGUGCUUCCAUCUAGAUGAUCUUGUCCACGCUACAAAGGUGACUUGCAUUCAAGAAAGGAGAAACGAACUUCUUCUGGAAACUGAUAAAAUUUUAGACGAUCUCUACUAUUUUAAGGACAUACUUUGUGUUGGUGACUCUUGUUUGAGCAACGUGGUUACGCAAAAUCUUCUCAGCUUAUUGGUUUGCCCCAUAUUGCUUCCAUUUAUGCAUUUAAGCCAGAGUAGUGAAACAUGUCUAUCUCCAAUCACUUCUCUGUAUAUAGUUUCUCGUCUUCUUCAAGUUAUUGGUGGAAAACAUAUGGUUAACUUUGUGGCUAGUGCUGUUCUAUAUCCCUACAUAUCAUCAAGCAUGAGAGAUGCUACUGAAGGAUCAAAAACUGAUUGCAUUAAUCAAGCAAACUCUUUUGCCAAUAAUUUGCAUGAAAUGGAUAAAAUGCUGUCUUCUGAGUCUGAAUCUGCGGAAAACUUUAGAAGGAACAAUCUCCUUGGGCAUUUAUCAAACUACAUGCCAUCUAAAUCUCAUUUGGUCAGCUUCUGUUCUGAUGUUAUACAUAAAGAAAGGAGUGGAAUACUUUCAUACAUUUUCUCUGAGAAUAACAGUCUAAUGCUAGCAUCUCUCAUGUUAUUGCUUGUUGUAGCUGAAAAUACAGAUCUCGAUUAUCAACUUGCCGCAAUGAUAGGACUAACCCAAACAAAAACCAGGGUGCAGAAGGUGAAGACAUAUGAUUUCUCAGCUUCAAAGGAGGAGGAUGAAAGUAUUUUUGGGAGACAUUUGCAUGAGAUUUUAAAUGCACUACUGGAAGUGUUAGAAAGAAAACCAUCCGUCUCAGUAUUAGUGCAACAGCAUACAGGGUGGUUCUUGCGGAAGCUACUGGUUUUUCAGGACAAGAAGCUUAAUGGUCCUGAUUUUCACCUUUUCAAUGUAAAGACAUCGUAUGAGCAGUCCUGUGAAAUCCUUCGGAAAGAACUUAACGGGUGCUGCUUUGAUCAUAUACCAGAUACUCUGAGAAAUGAAUGGGCAAGUUAUAAAACAGCUUUGGAGGAACCGUCCCAGUCUAAGGAUCCUUUUUUUGCAUUAGAGCUUGCUUGCCACCAACACACUCAUACUGGCGUAACGACUUCUGCUCUUGCUUGUCAAAGCAUGGUCAAUGCAGUCAAGGUUUUUGUUCUCCAUCUUCAGCUGAAGGCAUUUUUUUUUAACGGUGAUCCUUUUGAAAAUCCCAUGAUAAACUUGAAAAGCAGUUCUUUGGCUAUUUCGGGAAGAACAUAUGCUUCAGAUCUUUCAUCUGCAAGUUUUGGGUCAGAGGUACCUUUAGGUUCUGGAAUCCCUUGCAAAAUUGCUUUUUCCAAAGUUGGGAUAAGGGAUAUCUAUAUGAUACCAGUGGCGAGGGGAAUAUCUGGAAAGUUGCUUCUAGUGGAGAAACAUCCCUUGCACUCUAAGCGAGGAAUUGUAAUUGCUAUUGCUCCGUUGGCUGGGUUGAGUCCAAAGGUAGAUGAGAGUCAUCCCACUUGGUUGCAUCUUCAGAUAAGAGAAUUCGACCCAAGGUUUGAUACAAACAAAACUGGAGGCCAUCAUUCAAGUACUUCAGAUCACCUGGCAGAUGGUAGAUGGACACUUGGUUUUCCAAGUACGGAGGCUUGUGAGGUUGCUCGAUUGCUGAUACUAGAGGAAAUUAGUAAGCAGAGAUCAUCUGUGGAAAGCUUGCUUUCUGCACUACUUCAAGGCAGUUCUCGAAAUAUGCCCGAUAAUCAAGGAAGUGAAGCAUUUAUUCAAGAAGUUUUAAGGUAGGCUAACAGCAGUUUGAAUCUCUCUCUCUCUCUCUCUCUCUAUAUAUAUAUAUAUAUGUAUAUGUGUACACACGCAGGAGUAUAUAUGUAUUUGUGGGUGUGUUCUACGUAAUUUUUGAGUAAUGCGUAAAGCGGCGGAUCUGAAGAUCAAUAAUGGGUGUUUGCCAGCACAGAUCAUCCAGUGCAAUAAUUAGUCCAAGAGCAUCAUAGUUUAUUCUUCAAAUAUUAUUUUCUUUAGGCAUUUUAUAUUCUGUAUGGAAGUGGUCAUGUUUAGUAUUGAAUAUUUGGAAUGAGUCCUGUUUGGAAGUGUACUAGUGGAAAUAGUUAGCUAAAACACAUUAUUUACUCACUCCCACUCCUCCUUUAUCCAGGCAAGAGACUGACGAUGUAAAGAAACACAGUCAAUUUUGUUAGAAACACGGCCAAUUUAUAUAUAUAGUAGUGUUCAAUUGCUCCCUA